UGGCCGAAAUCCACCGUGUGUCGUGAGUCAGUUUGCUUUGGAGUGGUCCUAGGUGGCUGCAAUUGCCCGAUUGGCUGCCUGCGUCGGUGGAGUCGAGCGCGUUCUUCUGGCGGCAAACUGCGUCGACCGCGGGGCCGCCUUUUGGCCGUGGGCGUUCUCUGGACGGCCGCCACCUUAUCGAUCUAUCUCGUCGCGUCUCUUCAUCGCGACGCCACAGGAUCAGUUGUUCACGAUGAGUGGACUAGCAGAUAUAUCGGCAAACGCCCUCCGGGCCCCGAUCCAUAUGCAGCACAUAAAUUCAAUCAGGCGGCAUCGGACGAGGCGGCGAUCGGGCGCCCAAUUCCAGAUACACGCCACCCGCACUGCCUUGCACUGCACAACAGUUACGACACAGCUCAUCUACCGCAAACCUCUGUUAUCAUCGCGUUUCAUAAUGAAGCGCGAUCAGCACUGCUGCGAACGGUGGUAAGUGUCCUACGACGGUCCCCGGCACAUUUACUUAAGGAGAUUAUUCUUGUUGACGAUGCUAGCGAUGACCCGGAGGACGGGUUGGAGAUUCAGCAAAGGUUUGAUAAAGUCAGCGUCAUUCGGAAUCACCAAAGAGAAGGACUCGUCAGAUCCCGAGUCCUCGGCGCAGAACGUGCAAGUGCUCCCGUUCUCACGUUUCUCGAUAGCCAUUGUGAGUGCAAUUCUGGAUGGCUCGAACCUUUGCUAUCUCGAAUUCGAGAGGAUCCAACGCGUGUCGCAUGUCCCGUAAUCGAUGUCUUAUCGAUGGAGACAUUUGCCUACUUUCCAGCUUCGUCCGAUCUUCGCGGUGGCUUCGACUGGAAUCUCGUGUUCAAGUGGGAAUUUCUCACACGCAAGCCUGACUCUCCAACCGACUCAAUUUUAACGCCUGCAAUGGCAGGGGGCUUGUUUGCCAUUACGCGGUCCGAAUUUCGCCGUUUAGGUACGUACGAUACACAGAUGGACGUGUGGGGAGCCGAGAACCUUGAGAUGUCGUUUCGAGUGUGGCAAUGUGGAGGUACCAUUGAGAUUGUGCCCUGCUCGCGGGUGGGACACGUGUUCCGCAAACAGCACCCAUAUACGUUUCCCGGAGGCAGUGGAAAGGUAUUUGCCCGUAACACGAGACGCGCCGCUGAGGUUUGGAUGGAUGAGUAUAAGCGGCAUUACUACGAACAAGUUCCUGCAGCUAAAGGCGUCCCAUAUGGAGAUAUAUCCGCUCGUUUAAAGUUAAGAGAACAAUUACGGUGUAAUAACUUUGCUUGGUACCUAAAAAAUGUCUAUCCAGAACUAAAGCUUCCUGAAAACGUGCACGGUUACAUUAAACAAGGAAAUCGUUGUCUUGACACCCUAGGAAGCGUCAGCGACGAUGCUAGCGUGCAUCUAUAUCCUUGCCACUAUCAAGGCGGAAACCAGGACUUCCGUAUUACAAAGCACAACCAGAUUAUGGUCCACGACUGGUGCCUAUCCGUGGACAAUUCUUCGGUGGGUCAGCUAGUGUUACUUCGAUCCUGUCGAGGGGACGAGUCACAGAAAUGGAUGCGUGAAGGCGGAAAAAUUCGCCAUGGUGCUUAUACUGAACUCUGCCUAACCAAUAAUAAUAUGUCAGCCGUAGCAGACCGCUGCGCUGGACUAGAUUCGCAGAUAUGGCUCACCAAGGACUGAGAACAAGAAACAAGAAACGGGAACAAAUUUACGAUUUUGUUCACGCUUACGUACGCAACGUCCAGCAUCUUUUACCUAAUAAUAGUCAAAUCAAACAGUAAAAUCCAUAUGAUAUAAUCAUGUAAUACGACGAUUUUAUCGAAACUAGCUACCGGCUGCAGUAAGUAAUGAUACCACGCUCACUUCUACAGCAGAUUGUAUAAAUCGAUGCUUGUUAGUAUUGGCAUAUUCUUCUACAGCUUUUAAAAACGCUUUUUUUUUUUCUAUUUUAUAAAUGUCUAAUUGUCUAGUAAAAGUCUCGUUGUCGAAAUGCAGUUGAACUUUUUCUGACGUUAUUUGAAUAUCAUCAACUAUAUAUAUAUAUAUAUAUAUAUAUAUAUAUAUAUAUAUAUAUAUAUAGGGAUAUCAGUAAGUUGUAUUUGGAUAAUCGGAAGUAUUAAAGCAGGACUGGUAUGGUUACUAACCAUGCCAGCGACAACAUGGUUAUUUACUUUCGGUUGCGUCUGCACAUUGGAAUCGCUUCCAGCGCCACGUCAAAAAAACAAUCUUGAGCGCCGAAUAUUGCAAAACUGUGUGAAAUUAUAGGAUUUUCGAAUUGCACGUAUCAAUCAUGCGCACGGGAAAGCUCAAAGCUAAAGGCCUUAGCUGCCUUUUUUUAUCGAAAGCGGUUCCAUUUUAUCUGAUUUAAUGCUGGAUGGUCCUAAAAGCGAGAAAGAACACUCAGCGUGGUGCUUGCCAGAGAUAGUGAAAUGUAGUUAAAUCCUAGAUUUUUAAAUUAGGUGUAAGGGAAUGUGUUUUUGAAGCUUAAAGCAACUGAAAAAAAUAUCAGCAGGCAAAGCGUCGAUGGCUAAUGGAAGCCUGUAGUCGAUGCGGGAAUUUCUGUCAAAGACAGUGAACAAGUUACGCAUGCUUUAGAGGUAGGAAAGAUGUAAGAAGGCGAAGGUCCUGGACUUCCCAUGAAUAAUUAGACGAAUCACCGAGCUUGGUGUGCUAUUAAUCAUAUUCUGUAAAUAAUUCAUCUCAGCUGUAGAAUAAAAUGCAUAGGGAGUUACGAAGAAGACAUCUAUCGUGCACUCAUUUCCACGUUGUAUACGGUAAAAUCAUACGAGGACCACUAGCUGCUAUCUGAAGGGAGUUUUCAUAUUUGCAGGUAAUAAGCCAUAAUGAAGACCAAAGUCAAAUACUCAAUAAAGA